CAGAAAGUUCAUAUAUGCCUCAUCAAAGGAGCAUUUCAAUAUCCAAUUUUCUCUCAAGUCCUACCUCAAAUUCUAGUUUCUGUACUUCUUGUAUCCUUGGCAUCUAUAUCCAAAUCACUCUGAAAAUUGUAAUGGCACUCACUUUUAUUUCCUCACUUUCCAUUCAGUCCUUAACCUCAUCUUCUUCGAAUUCAAAGACUUAUCCAACCCGUCAGCAAUCCCUCUCCAGACCCUUUUCCAUGGUAUGCCAGAUAGACCCUAACAGACACAAUUUUCAAGGAAGAUGGUUCCCACAAGCAAUGCAUGACCGUUAGAGAAGGGUCCAAGAAUUGGAAAAACAUAGUUUCAGUAGCCUUGGCAACUGCUGCAGUUAUUAGCUUCAGCUCUGGCAUGCCCGCCAUUGCAGACCUCAAUAAGUUUGAAGCCGAAACACCUGGUGAAUUUGGUAUAGGAUCAGCAGCCCAAUUUGGUUCUGCAGACCUCAGGAAAGCAGUACAUGUGAAUGAAAAUUUCAGGAGAGCCAAUUUCACAUCUGCUGAUAUGAGGGAAUCUGAUUUCAGUGGUUCAACAUUCAAUGGUGCAUACCUUGAGAAAGCUGUAGCAUAUAAGGCUAAUUUUGCUGGUGCGGAUUUGAGCGACACAUUGAUGGAUCGUAUGGUCCUUAAUGAAGCUAAUCUCAAGGAUGCUGUGCUUGUUAGAUCAGUUCUCACUCGAAGUGAUCUUGGUGGUGCCCUAAUCGAAGGCGCUGAUUUCAGUGACGCUGUCUUGGACCUCACCCAGAAGCAGGCUCUCUGCAAGUAUGCAAGUGGCACGAACCCAACUACAGGGGUGAGCACAAGAUCAAGCCUAGGUUGCGGGAACAGUCGACGAAAUGCUUAUGGCUCUCCCUCAUCCCCUCUGUUAAGCGCUCCACCUCAGAAACUACUUAAUCGGGAUGGAUUCUGUGAUCAAGAAACUGGUCUUUGUGAUGUAAAAUGACUCCAAUGGUAGUGGUAAUUAGUUUUACCAACCUUGAAUUGAUCACAUACCACAUCCCGGUAUGUGUAUGCAGGAGUAAAGAAAAUGCAGAUUGAACCAAAACACCUGUACAUCCUUGAAGCAUCAGGAAGCCAUAAAUAUGAAACACGCACAUUUGAAACAGCAGGCAUCAUUUGUUGAUUAUCAGUCUCUGAAUGUAUUUUGAUCAUAUUCUAAGAAGAAAUAGUUUCUUGGAUUUCCUUCAAGGAAAAGCUCAAUCGCAUUUUUGCCUCC